AUGAUGAAUACAUUGCGUCCUUCGCGGCACUCGUUGCUUGGCUUCAUUACAGCUCUCCUCGCGGCCAGUGCCGCCGCAGCGAGCAACUGCAGCGAUGCAGCAGCAUCUACCAUAUCCGUGUCUAUUCCCAUGCGAUCUUCACCUCUUGGUCCGCUGUUCAAUCUUUCAGUCGGGACCCCUCCGCAGCCCAUGACUGUCCUAAGCGACUGGACAUGGAUGUCUCUUUUCACCCGUUCGGCACACUGCGGUGGAAGCUACAGUGCCACCGAGUGCAUCCCAUCCGGCCAGCAAUGGUUCAACGAGCGCAGAUCGACUACUUUUCAGAAUACCUCAUUUGCCGCCACUGGGUGGGAGAAUACCAGUUUUCUUCCUGGUGUCAAGUUCGCCGUGACGUACGGUAAAGAUACUGUGUGCAUCGGGGAUAUCUGCUCUGAUGGGACCGUGAUUCAGCUCUCGAAUUUCAGCACUGUCGUCACCGAAGUCGUUCCAUUUGGCGGGAUCUUUGGUCUUGCGCCCGUUCUGCCGCCUCUGAAUGAGACCUUCUACCCAGCAUCUUAUCAAGCUUAUCUGGGCGGCAAGUUUGGUCCGCAAGUGGGCAUCCAUUCCUGCGCCGCGUUGAGCUCCAAAGAGACUUGCAACGGAGAUGACAUGCUGACCGUCUUUGGCUGCGUCACAGGCGGUGAUAUUUUCGAUCCGUCGGACUUGGUUUUCUUUGAUAUCGAGGUGGAAGAGUGUCUUUCUCGCAGUGCCCCCUUGAAUGUGAAGCCCGGCCGGGAUAAUUUCUGGGCAGUUCGAUGGACCGGAAUGUGGAUUGGCACGGAAAUGGUCUCGCUGCAAGGUGGAGAGUGCGCUAUAGGGUGUGACGACAAUGUACCACGGGCUGUUUUCGAUGAAGGGUCCGAGGGAUACGGAGCGCCAGUACCUCACAGCGCACUUGCCAGUCUCUUGCAGGUGACGAACGCCACCAUGGUUAACACCUCGGCUGGUACGAAGUAUUCGAUUCCUUGCGGAAUGAAUCUCGACGAUCUGCCUACUCUCACGUACGAAUUGCAGGACAAGCAGAAUUACACCAUUCUCCCGUCGACCUAUGUCACAUAUCGUGAUGACGGCUGUUACGAUCUCGAUAUCAAAGCCUGGGACUUCAACAAGAAUGGCCCGAUGGCACUCUUUGGACAAACCUUUUUGGAACGAUUGUAUGUUGUGCUUGAUUUUGCAACACUUCAAGUGGGACUGGCCCCUUUGAGAGAAGAGCUGUUGGUAUAG